AUGUUGUCAAGAUCAUUUGCCCGUAUUUCAAGAUCUGCUGCUCAACAAAAGAGAUUUUUGUCUUUGCAUGAAUACCGUUCCGCUGCUUUAUUGAGCGAAUACGGUGUUCCAAUUCCAAAAGGUUACCCAGCCACCACUCCAGAAGGUGCUUAUGACGCUGCCAAAAAGUUGGGUACCAAUGAAUUAGUCAUCAAAGCCCAAGCUUUGACUGGUGGUCGUGGUAAAGGUCACUUUGACUCAGGUUUACAAGGUGGUGUUAAAUUGAUCUCCUCUGCUGAAGAAGCCAAAGACUUGGCCAGCCAAAUGUUAAACCACAAAUUGAUCACCAAACAAACUGGUGCUGCCGGUAAAGAAGUCACUGCUGUUUACAUUGUUGAAAGAAGAGAUGCUGCUUCUGAAGCCUAUGUUGCCAUCUUGAUGGACAGAACCCGUCAAACCCCAGUUAUUGUUGCUUCUGCCCAAGGUGGUAUGGACAUUGAAGGUGUUGCUGCCAAAGAUCCUUCUGCCAUUAAAACUUUCCCAGUUCCUUUGGAAGAAGGUGUUUCUGAUUCAUUGGCCACUGAAAUUGCCGGUGCCUUGGGAUUCACUCAAGAUGCCAUUCCAGAAGCUGCCAAAACCAUCCAAUCAUUAUACAAAUGUUUCAUUGAACGUGACUGUACCCAAGUUGAAAUCAAUCCUUUAUCUGAAACUCCAGACCACAAAGUUUUGGCCAUGGAUGCCAAAUUAGGUUUCGAUGACAAUGCCUCUUUCCGUCAAGAAGAAGUGUUCUCAUGGAGAGACCCAACUCAAGAAGAUCCUCAAGAAGCUGAAGCCGGUAAAUACGGAUUGAACUUUAUCAAAUUGGAUGGUAACAUUGCCAACAUUGUUAAUGGUGCUGGUUUGGCCAUGGCUACUAUGGACAUUAUCAAAUUAUACGGUGGUGAACCAGCCAACUUCUUGGACUGUGGUGGUACUGCUACUCCAGAAACCAUUGAAAAAGCUUUUGAAUUGAUCUUGUCAGAUCCAAAGGUUAACGGUAUUUUCGUCAACAUCUUUGGUGGUAUUGUCAGAUGUGAUUACGUCGCCAAAGGUUUAAUUGCUGCCACCAAGAACUUCAACUUGGACAUUCCAGUUGUUGUCAGAUUACAAGGUACUAACAUGGCUGAAGCCAAGGAAUUGAUUGACAACUCUGGUUUGAAAUUAUAUGCUUUCGAAGAUUUGGACCCAGCUGCUGAAAAGAUUGUCCAAUUGGCUCCAAAGAACAAUUAA